AGGCUCCAUUCUGGGGAGGAACCAUAUAAAUGCUUGGAGUGUGGAAAAACCUUUAGCAACACCUCUUCUCUAACCAUACAUAAUAGGAUGCAUACUGGGGAAAAGCCUUAUAAAUGCCUGGAGUGUGGAAAGAGCUUCAGUGAUAAAAGUCAAUUUAAGUCACACGAGAGGAUCCACACGGGAGAAAAACCAUUUCAAUGCAUGGAGUGUGGAAAGAGCUUCCGUCGCUCUGAAUCCCUUACUGACCAUCACAGAAUCCACACAGGAGAGAAACCAUACAAAUGCCUGGAGUGUGGAAAGAGCUUCAGGAAAAAAGGUCAUCUGAAGUCACAUGAGAGGAUCCACACAGGAGAAAAACCCUUUCAAUGCAUGGAGUGUGGAAAGAGCUUCCGUGAAAAAAGUAGCUAUAUCGGACAUAGCAGAAUCCACAUGGGGGAGAAACCCUUUCAGUGCCUGCAAUGUGGAAAGCGCUUUUCCCGUUCUGACAGCUUUCGUGCCCACAAACGGACCCACACAGGGGAGAUACCGUAGAAAUGCCUAGAGUGUGGAAAGAGCUUC